AUGGAGGGGCCCCCCGGGGGCCAGCUGCCCCGUAGCCCCAUGCUUCAAGACAGCAGCAGCAGCAGCAGCAGCAGCAACAGCAACAGCAGCAGCAGCAGCAGCAACAGCAACAGCAGCAGCAGCAGCAGCAGCAGCAGCAGGGGGACUGAAGGCUGUCGGCUUCUUCCGGGUAUUUCUAUCGCCUCGCCAAUGCCCCAGCAGCAGCAGCAGCAGCAGCAGCUGCAGCAGCUGCAGCAGCGGCUGCUGCAGCUGCAGCGCAAGAGGCCAGCGCCUUCGCAGCAGCACCACCAGCAGCAGCAGCAACAGCAGCAGCAGCAACAGCAGCAGCAGCAGCAGCAGCAGCAGCAAAGGAAUGAGUCUGUCUCCCCCCCAAAGAAGAGACGUUCAUAUCUGGAGGGCCUCCGCAGCUUUAUCACCCGCCCCAGACGGCAGCAGGAGCAGCAGCAGCAGCAACAGCAGCAGCAGCAGCAGCAGCAGCAGCAGGAGUUUCAGCAGCAGCAGCAGCAGCAUUGA